AUGUUCAUGCCUACGGUCAGGCGCUGUGCGCCGGGCUUCUGGAAGAAGACAGGCCAGGAACUGGGAAGAGCGACAAAAUUUGCACUCAAUCUCGAAGGCCUGCAUUUACCUCUUGCCCCAUAUCCUAUCUUCGACUUUGCAAAUCCCGAAACCAUUAGUACACUGAAGACAAUGACCGACCAGUCCGUUGGCGGCUUCUCAACAGCACAACUCACACAGAAGCCUCGUGAUGUAUCUACAGACCCUCCCACUCCUGCGCACGUCCUUUUCCACGGCAACAUCUCCACGAAGCUCCCCACGGAACGACCAGACAUUCAAAGGACAGGCUACGCAGCAUGGAGAAAUGAAGACCGAGGGCGGACACUCUUCGGCGAGUUGUUUUGGAACGUCGACACCUACAUGUACCUGGCGCUGCGGGUAAAGAGCGACGGCAGGAAAUACUUUGUCAACAUACAGACGGACUCGAUCGUUGAGUCGGACAUACAUCAGCAUCGAUUGUAUACUAAAUAUCACAAGGGUGCAGAGGGGCCUGACGACCCUGGGCAGUGGGAGACCGUUUGGAUCAAACUGCACGAGUUUGUACGCACGAACCACGGAAUUGUCACAGAGCCACAGUCAGAGAUGUUGCGACAAAAGGUGAAGAGCUUCGGCAUCGGUUUGAUUGACCGGCAGCCAGGCCCGUUUGAACUUGGUAUCGCUGCAAUGUGGGCUACGAACCUCAACGAGAGGGGUCAGGUCGAUGGGCGGACAGGCUGGGAAGAGGGCGACCAGGGAAGCGCCAGAUUAAGUGAAGUGACACUAGAAAAGCUGGCGCAGAAAGCCGAAGAGAAGAAGGCAAUGCCAGAGCAGAGGAAAAGCUUUCGCGAAAGAGUGCCACAUUUUGGGAAAGUUGGUUCAGGAGACACAAAGGCGUUCAGAUAA